GAGAAGAGGAAGAAGAAGCAAAAAGAAGAACACAAGAAGACGAGAGACUAUAAAAGCUGGACGCUAAAGUCGUGCAAGACAAAUAAAAAUCAACAUGUUCCGAGAGUUGGUGAAGCAGCGACUCAUGGCGGCGGCAGAUGAAAUCUUCGCGCUGUUUGAAAGAACCAUGGCGUCGUACGAGGAGGAACUUUCUAGAACCAGAGAAGAGAAGGAGCGACAUCGACGGCAACUGGAAGCUGUUUGCAAGACUCAGAUUGUGCUGCACGUUGAAGAUGUCCAGCAGCUGAUUGGUCGUCAAGAAAAGCGUCCCGUUCGGCCGCAAAAGAGGCGGAAGGAUUUGGAGCGAGCGGAGGAGGGGGAACUCGGGACUAUUAAGGAGGGGGAUUGUCUCCUCGGGCCGGAGGAAGCUGAUCCCACCAAGUUGCAACUCAAUGUUGUCUCUGUGAAGAUUGACGAUUAUGAAGAGAAACCACAAGACCGCCACAAGGAGACUAAAGACACCCAAAAACCUUUGCGCGGUGACUUGAAGACUCGCACUGACAACAAGCGCUCGAAAAAAAAGAAGACGGGUAAAGAAUGUGUGAGCUGCUCGGUCUGUGCGAAAACAUUUACUCAGAAGGGCCAUUUGACUCAACACAUGAGAACGCACACGGGAGAAAAACCCUUUAGUUGUUCAGUUUGUCAGCAGACAUUCUCCCAGAAAGGUACGAUGGUAAUACACAUGAGAACUCACACAGGAGAAACCCCUUUCAGUUGCUCGCUUUGCGGCAAGAGCUUUUCCCACGGUACCAGUUUGACCCGACACAUGUCGAAACACACCGGGGAAAAGCCUUUCAGUUGCUCAGUUUGCAGUAAAAGGUUCCCCCACCAGCUGCAGAUGAAAAUACACAUGCGGACGCACACGGGAGAAAAACCCUUUUGUUGUUCGUUUUGCGGCCAACGGUUCUCUCAGAAGGUAGCGAUGGUAUCGCACGCGAGAGCGCACACGGGAGAGAAACCCUUCUUUUGUCGAGAGUGCGGGAAAAGAUUCGCCCGGAAAGUAAACGUGGCGACGCACAUGAGGACGCACACGGGGGAAAAACCCUUCGCGUGUUCACUUUGCGGCAAAACGUUCUCGCACGACGCGUCGCUGCGGUCGCACGCGAGAACUCACACGGGGGAGAAACCCUUCGGUUGCUUGAUUUGCGGGAAAAAAUUCUCCCGCAAGCUGACAAUGGCGGCACACAUGACGACGCACACGGGAGAAAAACCCUUUCGUUGUUCGCUCUGCGGCAGAAGAUUCUCUCAAAGGGCCAACCUGGCGUCGCACAUGACGACGCACACCGGGGAGAAGGCCUUCGGCUGCUCGGUUUGCGGCAAAAGAUUCUCUCAAAAGUCAAACAUGGUGACACACAUGAGAAAACACACCGGAGAAGCAGCUUGUCAAGGAGGCUUGGAGUCGGACUCAGAAGAUAAUAAGAUGAAAUAGCACCAUCUUACCAUGGAACAUUCAUUUUGAUAAGAAAAACCACCUUUGGAUUGGAAGUAUUACAUGGAAACAAUACUAUAGAAUGUACAAAAGCAGUGAAGUUGUCACGUUGUGUAAAUGGUCAAUAAAAAGAGAAUACAACAAAUCCUUUUCAACUUAUAUUCAAUUGAAUAGACUGCAAAGACAAGAUAUUUCAUGUUCACACUGAGAAACUUUGGAAAUAAUCAUGAACUUAGAAUUUAAUGGCAUUUUUACCAGUGUGUUACAUGGCCUUUCCUUUUAACAACACUCAGUAAAGGUUUGGGAACUGAGGAGACACAUUUUUGAAGUGGAAUUCUUUCCCAUUCUUGCUUGAUGUACAGCUUAAGUUGUUCAACAGUCGCCCUUCUCAUAUUUUAGCCUUCACACAUUUUCAAUGUCUGGACUACAGGCA